AUGGGUCAAGCAAGUACACAAGAAAAGGGAACCAAAAGUUCUAUGAUGGAUGCAGAUGAUGAUGAAAUUCUCAACAAUAAUAACAGCAAAACAACAGCAACAACUCAUCAUCCAACUACAUCAUCAACCACCAGUGCUACAAGCAGCAAUACAGUUGGCUCUAAAAAUAAGAUAAAUGAAUCAAUACAAAUAGUAUCAAUAGAAAAGGAAAAUGAGGAGGAGUAUGAUUAUUUAGUGAAGGUUGUUCUUGUGGGAGAUUAUGGAGUCGGUAAAACUAGUUUGGCCAAGAAAAUCAGUCAAAGAGGUUUCACAACACAACAUCAACCUACUAUUGGUAUUGAUUUUGUUGUUUGUACUCUUAUUUUGAACACCAAGGAAACUGUUCGUCUCCAACUUUGGGAUACUGCUGGUCAAGAAAAAUUCAAGGCUCUUGCUAGCUCAUUUUUCCGUGGGGCUGAUGGUAUUUUUGUUAUUGCUGACAUUAGCGAAAAAUCAUCCUUUGACAGAGUUCCAGGAUUUUUGGAAGAUGGUAAAAAGAAUUGUACAGAUGAUGUGGAAUUUAUUUUCAUUGCAUCCAAGACAGAUCUUCGUAGUAUUGGAUCAUCAACUCAAGUAUUGAGCGAAGAAGAUACUAAGAGAGAAUUCAGAAAGUAUGAUUCACAAAUUCCAAUAAUAGAAACAAGUGCCAAAGAGGACAAGAAUGUUGAAAAGGCUCUCCUAACCAUCAUUCAAAGAAUUUACAACAAGAAGAAGGAAGCCAAGAAAUAA